ACCUGCAAAUUGGGAGUCCAGGAUUUUCCAGUGCGCACAGAGAUCUCGCGUCAGUUGCUGCACCGUCAGAGCAGCUCUCCUCUCCUCGUGAUGAGUUCGUUCAGCACGAGAGCUCUGACGCUGCUCUCGUCCAUGUUCGGCGCCUGCGGGCUGCUGUUGGUCGGCGUCGCUGUGUCCACAGAUUACUGGCUGCUGAUGGAGGAGGGGAUCGUCCUGCAGCAGAACCAGACCAUGGAGGUGAAGAUGGCGCUGCACUCCGGCCUGUGGAGAGUCUGCUUCGUGGCAGGACCAGAGAAGGGCAGAUGUGUGGCGUCUGAAUAUUUCACUGAGCCAGAGAAAGAGAUCACAACAGAAAACACAGCCAACAUCCUCAAAAUGGUGCGUACGGCCACGCCCUUCCCCAUGGUCUCUCUGCUCUUCGUCUUCACCGCCUUCGUCAUCAGUAACAUCGGACACAUCCGGCCGCAGCGAACCAUCCUCGCCUUUGUCUCCGGGAUCUUCUUCAUCCUGUCAGGUCUCAGUCUGGUUGUGGGUCUGGUCUUGUACAUUUCCAGCAUCAACGACGAGGUGAUGAAUCGACCCAGAGAACCAGAACAGUUCUUCCACUAUCAUUACGGCUGGUCGUUCGCCUUCGCUGCCUCGUCCUUCCUGCUCAAAGAGGGGGCAGGAGUGAUGUCCGUCUACCUCUUCAUGAAACGUUACGCGGAGGAGGAGCUUUACAGGCCACACCCCGCUCUCUAUCGCCCCCGCAUGUCUGACUGCAGUGACUACAGCGGUCAGUUCCUGCACCCGGACUCGUGGCCUCCUCCUCAGCGCGGCCGCAGUCCCUCUGACGUCUCCUCUGACAUCUCCAUCCAGCUCAACCAGACUCCGCCCUCACAGGCUCCACCCAAGGGUGGUGGUGGCGGGGGUGGCGGCAGCUCGCAGCCGACGCCCUCCUCCUCAGUGCCGUCGUCCGCGGCAAGUUACCAGCUGCAGCCGGCGUCGUCCUCCUCCACCUCCUCCUACCCUCACCCACUUCACUCGGUCGCCACCUCCACUUUACCCAGGUCGCACGCACACGCCCGCCCUCAGCCACAGCCACACCCACACCCGAGUGGUCCGCCGCCUCAGUCCGUGCCCAUGGGAGCGCCACCCGCCGCCGUCCCUCCUCCGCGAUAUCACGCACACAUGAGGAUGAGCGCCUCGCCAUGCUAGAAGGGAGGGGGCGGGGCUUAAGAUUAUCACAGCAAACACACACAACUUUA